AUAAACCAGCGAGAUACCGCUGAUCAUUUUGCCCUCUUUGUAAAACAAUCGCGUCGUCGGGAGUUGAGUGGCGGGCGCGUGCAAUUAAGUACAUCUCAGACGGGAUAUAAAAUCAAGGUCUAUUUUAGAAUGGCAUUAUUGUUAUCUCAUAAAGACAGGAUCUCAUUACACGUCAGUUGUAUCUUGUUUUAAUAGCUCAUCAUUGUAAAAGCCAACGUGAAAUGUUAACCAACCGAUUUAUAGUACAACAUUGUGUAACACCGUGAUUAGAAAGAUAUCAUCAACGAUAUCAUAUGCAAGCAAAAUGGGAAGAGUAGUAGAGUUUUUACUUCGUCAUGCCCUCUUGUUGACGAGUAGCAGCAAUUAAAAAUUUAUAAUCCCGGAAGGGCCUCGAGCGAAAAACUCUCGGGACGAAAACCCGACAGAAUGCGCCGUGCAGAAUGCGCCGUUCGUCAUUCUCGGAUUGUAACCGCGACAGGCGCAACCAACCGAUCCGAGUGAAAAAGCACGAGGUGCAGGCACAGGCAACACAGUGCUCGCUCGCGCCUUUUCCCGACGAGGUCGAGACAGACGCACGUUCGUGCCGCGCGUUCACCAGGUUGUACGGGAAUGGCGCGAUACGCCGAGGACGUGUACUACGAAACUGCCAUUAAACUAACGCGCGAGGCUGCCCAGAUUCUCCGAGAUGCCAUCGACGGCAUCAAACAUGUCGACAAUAAAUUGGGCCUCUGGGACCCCGUCACCGAGUACGAUCGGAAGAUCGAGAACGUUAUCAUCGGCAAGCUGAAACGCGCGUUCCCAAGUCACAGGUUUAUCGCGGAGGAGUCGACCGGCAAUGACCUGCCGGAAUUAACGGACGCCCCUACGUGGAUCAUAGACCCCAUCGACGGCACCGUCAACUUCAUCCACGGAUUCCCGCACACCUGCGUGGUUGUCGGUUUGGCCGUGAAAAAGGAGAUGGUCCUGGGUAUCGUGUACAACCCGAUUCUCGAGCAGCUGUUUACGGCGAGGAAGGGACGAGGCGCGUUUCUGAACGGGAAACCGAUUCACGUGUCUAAAGUACAAGACUUGUCGAAAGCCUUGGUCUGCAUGGAAUCCGGCUUCAUAAAGAUAGACAGUCUACGGGAGAAGAUGGUGGAGAGGAUCCAAACCGUCGUCAAUGAGGUUCAGGGCAUUCGCACUCUCGGCGUGGCGGCGCUAUCGUUGUGCUACAUCGCGCUCGGGAUCGUGGAGGCUUAUUACAUCGAAGGCCCCGGAAUUUCGACGUGGGACAUAGCCGCGGCAUCGUUGAUCAUUUCGGAAGCGGGAGGCGUCGUUGUGGACCGCAUAACAGGCGCGCCGAUCGACAUCAUGAAGCCACGCGCAGUGGCCGCGUGCAACGACGGGAUCGCUCGCGACGUCGUUAGACUCAUCCGCGAAGCUGAUCAACGGGUGGACAUGAGGGUAAAAUAACGCCGACGGUCCCGAAGUACGUGUGUUGAAAUGAAAAAUCUCUAUCACGAUUCAACUGCUGCCGCGACUUCUGUAGACCUCCAAGUAGUACGAAUCGGGAGAAAGUAAUAGACCGGGUCCUUUCGAAGAAGUGCUGUCAGUUAGACAAGUAGAAAUGUGUAUUAUCUGAUGCGCGUGAAUGUAACGUAAAACGGUAAUAAAUCCAUCUAAACCAAG